CCCAACUCUCUUGUUUUCGCGCGACCACCGAAAAUGGAAACAAUCAACAACGAAGAAACAGUGACUGAGUCCGGCUCGGACUGGGCCGAGUUGACCCAGGAGUGCCUGAUCAACAUCCUGGGACGGCUCACCCUGGAGCACCGAUGGAUUGGGGCGAUGCUGGUCUGCAAGUCGUGGCUGCUGGUGUGCAAGGAGCCUUGCCUCAACUCCGCCUUCGACCUCGAGCCGCCGUUCUAGUCCGCACGGUGGUGGACCCCGGAGUUCGAGCGGCGGGUCGAUUCCAUGCUCCGAUCUGUCGUCGAUUGGAGCACCGGCUCGCAGAAACAGAUCCGCACCACGCACUGCUCCAAUCAGUCUCUCUCGCUCGUCGCUCAGAGGUGCCCGAACCUCGAGUUUCUUUCGAUCAAUAGCUGCCCGAAUGUGACUGAUUCGUCCAUGGCUGAUAUAGCGUUUCGCUGCCCCAUGAUCCGGGAACUUGACAUCAGCUAUUGCCACGAAGUAUCUCAUGAGUCUCUGGCGUUGAUUGGGAGGAACUGCCCAAAUCUGAAAAUCUUGGAACGGAAUAUGAUGAAUUGGUUAGAUCCAUCCCAACACACUGGUGUUGUUCCGGACGAGUACUUAAACACUUGGCCUCAGGAUGGAAAUUCAGAAGCUGCUGCAAUUGGCAAAUCUAUGCCAAAUUUGGAGCACCUUGAACUUCGAUUCUCAAAGGUAUCGGCUUAAGGGUUUGCUUUGAUAUCUGUAAUCUGUAGGAUGUCCAAAUGUCGAGUACUUGGAUUUGUUUGGGUGUGUGAACUUGACUCGUCGGAAUUGAAAGGCGACUGAGGAAUCA